AGGAGUCUCUGGCCAGGAGGGAUUUUAUAGUAUUGUACACAGGAGGGCUGUUACCCUUCCCUCUAUAGUUAUGACACAGGGCCUGACAAAUAACCUCAGUGGCCUAGCAGGGACAACUCCAUGAGCAGAACCCUGUCUGGGGCAGACAUAAAGGGGUUUUGUCUAGAGCCCAGUGACAGGCUAAUCUGGCCCUGUGAAUCACCAUAGGAGACUUGGUGGCAAAGCACUGGCAAGUGACACCUCCAUGAUCCGAGUUAAGGGAGCAGAUCUUGUAGACCAGGCCCAGGGCUGGUAGCCAGCGAGCAAUAGCCAAACUGCUGGUUGAUCCAAUCUCUUACCAGAGCAAAUCACACACAGCAUCACUGUCGCCGUGAAAUGUGUCUCCUGAUGUUCUGGGCAGCCUCUCUAGGACCAGGACUCCCUCACCCUAGAAUCCCUGUUGAUAUUGGGGACUCUGAACAAUCGUGGGUCUCCAUAGAAAUGCCCCUUCUCCCCCCUCCCUGGGAUCAGGAUGUCUCAUUUCAUUGUCCCGUUGACUCAGUGACAUUUAUGGAUGAUGCCCCCGUAGUGCCGUGGCCAGGGGAUGUGGAGGCUCUGAGGGGCAGGGAGAUUUCAGUGGGAUGGGUUUAUUGGUAGGGCCCAGAAGGAUCUGGAGUGGUGUGUCUUAGAGGUGAGUUCUUCUUCCAGGUCUUUUCUUCUUCUUCUUUUGUUCUUUCUGCUGGUCUCCUUCUUGGACCACAGUUUGUAUAGUGAAACUUGAGUCCUGCUUAACUAUACCUUAACCAAUCAUUUUACUAAAAUUUUACUAGCCAAUCCUAACAUGUUGUACCAAAAUUCUCUAACCAAUCAUACCCCACCCCCUUAAUUAAUUUACACCUACCAAAAUCAAUUAUGUAACAAACAGAAACAAUCAAAGAAUCAGACAGAGAUCAUCCACCCAAAUAGUAGAGAAGUUGGGACCAUAAAGACAAAACAAUAAAGAAAUGAGGAUUUCACAACCACAACUAUUGUGUGGCAGAGUCCAGAGCGUCUGUCUGCAGGGAGAGAGCCUGGGGGGAAUCGGGCUGUGACAUGCACUCAAGCUCCUUCUGAAACCUUCCCAAUCGCCCUGACAGGCUGAGGAAUCACAUCCAGAUUUCACUCAAGAUCGUCCCGUCUUCCAGGGGACAGGGAAGGGAAAUGGCUGUGAUGGAGUCAGCUCAGGAUUUCCCAUUCCCAAACCUGAACUGAUCUCCCACCUGGAACGAGGGGAAGAACUGUGGGUCCCAGAUCUCCAGGUCUGUGAGGAAAGAGAGAUCCUGAGAGGCAGUCGCACAGCAGGUGAUGAGACAGUGGAUGAGAAGAAGGAUGGGAAUCAUCAUGAGGAAGUUCCUGGGCAAAUGGAACCACAGGGGACCUUUGUGGGAAGAGCUGAUGGGAGUUUAUCCCAAUGCUUGGAAGAGGGAGAAGCCUGGGGAAAUUGGCACAAGUCAGAGAGGCGACUGAAAAACCACUCAAGGAAGAAAGUGGAUGAAUCUAUUAUAUGUGGGGGAGGAGACAAGGAUCCCACAGCCCAGCAGACCAAUCCUAAGGAAGAGAAACCCUAUCAGUGCCUUGAAUGUGGAAAAGGGUACAUUUUCAGAUUGCCGCUUGUGACACAUCAGACAAUCCAUACUGGAGGGAAACCCCUUCAAUGCUUGGCCCAUGGGGAAAGCUUCAAUAACUGCUCAGAUCUUAAUAACCAUGGGAAAAGCCACAUAGGAGAGAAAACCUAUCAAUGCCUCGAGUGUGCAAACUGUUUGAAUUGGAAGUCAGCAUUAAUUACACAUCAGAGAAUCCAGACAGGAGAGAGACCCCAUAAGUGCUUAGACUGUGGAAAAAGUUUCAUACGGAGGUCACACCUUGUUAAACAUCAGGCAUUCCAUAAAGGAGAGAGACCCCACAAGUGCUUGGACUGUGGGAAAAGUUUCAUACAGAGGUCAGACCUUACUAAACAUCAGGCUAUCCACACAGGAGAGAGACCACAUAAGUGCUUGGACUGUGGGAAAAGUUUCAUACAGAGGUCAAACCUUAUUAAACAUAAAGCAAUCCACACAGGAGAGAGACCCCACAAGUGCUUGGACUGUGGGAAGAGUUUCAUACAGAGGUCAUACCUUGUUAAACAUCAAGCAAUCCACACAGGAGAGAGACCACAUAAGUGUUUGAACUGUGGAAAAAAUUUCAUACGGAGGUCACACCUUGUUAAACAUCAGGCAAUCCACACAGGAGAGAGACCCCACAAGUGCUUGGAAUGUGGGAAAAGUUUCAAACAGAGGUCACACCUUAUUAAACAUCAGGCAAUCCACACAGGAGAGAGACCACAUAAGUGCUUAGAGUGUGGGAAAAGUUUCAGGAACAGAUCAGCCCUUUCUAAACAUCAGGCAAUCCACACAGGAGAGAGACCCCACAAGUGCUUGGAUUGUGGGAAAAGUUUCAUACAGAGGUCAGACCUUAUUAGACAUCAGGCAAUCCACACAGGAGAGAGACCCCAUAAGUGCAUGGACUGUGGGAAAAGUUUCAUACAGAGGUCAAACCUUAUUAAACAUAAAGCAAUCCACACAGGAGAAAGACCCCACAAGUGCUUGGACUGUGGGAAAAGUUUCAUACAGAGGUCAAACCUUGUUAAACAUCAAGCAAUCCACACAGGAGAGAGACCACAUAAGUGUUUGAACUAUGGGAAAACUUUCAGAACCAGAUCAGCCCGUAUUAAACAUCAGGCAAUCCACACAGGAGAGAGACCCCACAAGUGCUUAGUGUGUGGAAAAAAUUUCAUGCGGCGGUCACACCUUGUCAAACAUCAGGCAAUCCACACAGGAGAGAGAUCCCACAAGUGCUUGGACUGUGGGAAAAGUUUCAUACAGAGGUCAAACCUUGUUAAACAUCAAGCAAUCCACACAGGAGAGAGACCACAUAAGUGUUUGAACUGUGGAAAAAAUUUCAUAUGGAGGUCAGACCUUGUUAAACAUCAGGCAAUCCACACAGGAGAGAGACCCCACAAGUGCUUAGCCUGUGGAAAAAAUUUCAUACGGAGGUCACACCUUGUUAAACAUCAGGCAAUACACACAGGAGAGAGAUCCCACAAGUGCUUGGACUGUGGGAAAAGUUUCAUACAGAGGUCAAACCUUGUUAAACAUCAGGCAAUCCACACAGGAGAAAGACCACAUAAGUGUUUGAACUGUGGAAAAAAUUUCAUACGGAGGUCAGACCUUGUUAAACAUCAGGCAAUCCACACAGGAGAGAGACCCCACAAGUGCUUGGAUUGUGGGAAAAGUUUCAUACAAAGGUCACACCUUAUUAAACAUAAAGCAAUCCACACAGGAGAGAGACCCCACAAGUGCUUGGACUGUGGGAAAAGUUUCAUACAGAGGUCACACCUUAUUAAACAUCAAGCAAUCCACACAGGAGCUAAACUUCUGUGACACUGGGAGAGAAAGGGUUAAGCAACUUGCAUGUAAUAGACCCAGUUCAACAUUCAGAGAUAUGUUAAAAAGUGUGUCCAUGUUAUAUAAGCUUGAGCUUUGAAAUGUAAACUUAUGUUAAAGACCUCGAAGAAGAUGGUAACUGUUGUAGUCUAUAAAAAGCAACGAAGAAUCUGUGGCAACUUAUAGACUAACAGAAGUAUUGGAGCAUAAGCUUUUGUGGGUGAAUACCCACUUUGUCAGAUGCAUGUGGUGGAAAUUUCCAGAGGCAGGUAGAAAUAUGCAGGCAAGAAUCAGUCUAG